CGUAGUACGUACUAGCUAGCAGCCAGCACUCCUCUAUAUAAGUGGAUCGAUCGAUCACCCCUAUAUAUCUAGCUACCUACAUACAACCAACACACACAAUUGCCAGCACACAAUUCGAUCACAACCGUAUCCCUAACCAGCCAGCUAGUAGCAAUACAAUAACUAAUAAUACGAUGGGCCACCACCACCACGUCAAGAACAAGGAGGCCGAGGCCGCCGCCGGCGACGACCGGCGGCGCAAGGAGGAGAUGAAGCACCACAAGCACAUGGAGCAGCUCGCCCAGCUCGGUGCCGCCGCCGCGGGGGCCUACGCCAUGCACGAGAAACACAAGGCCAACAAGGACCCCGACCACGCGCGCUCGCACCGGAUGAAGCAGGAGAUCGCCGCCGCCAGCGCGGGCUUCGCCAUCCACGAGCACCACAAGAAGAAAGAGGCCAAGAAGCACGGGCGGCACCACCAUUAAUUAGCUAGAUACAUCCGUCUAUAUAUGUGUUUGUUUGUCCUUCAUACAUUCAUUAUUUCUCUUUCUCAGAUUGUACGUAUAAACAGUAUUGCGUUGUAUUCGAGUUUUGUAAAUUAAUAUUAGCCCUGUAUUGUGCUACUAACUUUGUUUUCA